AUGGAUAUACGUCCCAACCACACGCUGUACGUGAACAAUUUGAAUGAUAAGGUGAAGAAAUUGGACCUACGAAAAGCCUUGUAUUACCUUUUCGGACAGCAUGGUCGCAUUUUGGACAUAAUUGCCAUGAAAACGAUGAAAAUGCGUGGUCAGGCCUUUAUCAUUUACCACGAUAUUCAGUCUGCCACCAACGCGUUACGUUCCCUGCAGGGGUUUCAUCUUUUUCAGCGUCCUAUGCGAGUUGCCUAUGCGAAACGUGACUCAACUCAAAUAGUUCGACUGAAAGGUGUCAGCGCCGAGGCAAACCAGCGUCGUGAAGAGGAACGCGAAAAACGAAAACGUCGAAAGGCCGCUCAACGUCGUGCGGCUGCUGCCGCAGCUCAGACUGCUCCGCAAGCAGCUGCUGCCGGAGCUGGCACUGGCGGUGAUCUGAUCAAUUUGUUGGAUCAACCCAAUCAUAUCCUUUUCGUGAACAAUCUGCCCGAGGAGACCACAGAUGCUAUGCUCACCAUGCUGUUCAGUCAGUUCUCCGGAUUCAAAGAGGCACGUCGUGCUGCCGGUGGUGUGGGCUUUGUCGAGUACGAGACAGAUUCGCAAGCUGCCGCGGCUCGUUCGGCCUACGACGGAUUCAAACUGACUCCGACCCAUGCGAUGGAAAUCACAUUUGCGAAAAAGUAA